AUGUCUGACACUGGAAGAAAAGAUUUCACCGAUAAAGCUGCUGAAGCUAUCAAACCUGAUGAUCAAAAAUCAUAUUUAGAACAAGCUAAAGAAGCUAUAACUGGUAAAGUUGAUGACUUCCAAAACAAAGCCCAACCAAAUGAUGCUAAAUCUGCUACCCAAAAGGCCAAUGAUUUUUUCCAAGGUGGUGCUAACGACAGCAAAUAA